UCUUUCAACGUUUCCUCCAUUCCCCCAAAUUUUUCGAUUUAUGUUUUAAAGCCCUUCGAGCCUUCUAUCUCUCCAAAUCUCUCUCUCUGUCUCCGAGGAUUCUCAGAUCUGUCGCGGGCGAGAUCGACAUGCCGCACUCGUCCACUUCCACGCCGGAAUCUUCUUCCUCCAGACACCAUUCUUACAGCAGGAAGCAGAAGUCUCUGGGACUUCUCUGUACCAACUUCUUGACACUGUACAAUCGAGAUGAAAUUGAGAUGAUUGGGCUUGAUGACGCUGCUGCGAAAUUAGGAGUUGAGCGACGGAGGAUUUAUGACAUUGUUAAUGUGCUCGAAAGUGUCGGGGUUUUGACGAGAAGAGCUAAAAAUCAGUAUACAUGGAAAGGGUUCAGUGCGAUCCCAGGAGCCUUGAAAGAGCUAAAGGAUGAGGGAGUCAAGGACACUUUUCACCGAUUCUAUACCAAUGAGAACGUAAAAGUAUCCGAUGAUGAGGACGAUGAGGAAGACACUUCCCAGCCUCAUUCUAGCAGCCAAAAUGAUAGUUCAAAACCCGAAUCUCUUCCCAAUUCUUCAGCUUCAUCUAAAAUAGAUAACCGGAGAGAAAAAUCUUUAGGCCUUCUUACUCAGAAUUUUGUCAAGCUCUUUGUUUGCUCUGAAGCUCAGGUCAUCUCUCUUGACGAAGCUGCAAAAUUACUGCUUGGUGAUGCCCACAACACGUCGAUCAUGAGAACAAAAGUAAGACGGCUGUAUGAUAUUGCAAAUGUAUUAUCGUCCAUGAAUCUCAUAGAGAAGACCCACACUUCCGAUACACGAAAACCAGCUUUCAAGUGGUUGGGAUACAGCGGCCAACCUCUUCACAUUCCAAGCAAUGAUUUGAAGCAAAGCGAAUCAAGAAAAAGGGUUUUUGGGACUGAUCUUACGAAUACCAAUGUCAAGAGGAACAAACCAGCAUCCUUUACACAUGAGAGUACAUCAGAAAAGAUGCACCGGAUGGGUAAACAGACAGUAGCUGAGAGUUCAUCUAACAAAACCAGUAAGGUUCCGGAAUCAGUACACGGAACAAGGAGUUACCAGUUUGGUCCUUUCGCACCUGCCAGUGUUACGAGUCAUCAUAGUGUCGCUCUGGAUAACAGCUCGAAGAGUGUUACCGAUUUGGAGAAUCUAGCUUCAGUCCACCGUCCUUGUUACCAAAACCAAGCUUUGAGAGACCUCUUUGCUCAUUACAUGGAAGCUUGGAAGUCAUGGUAUAGUGAAGUUGCAAGGAAGAAUCCAUUAGCCGAAACCUCACAACACCAUUAGAACUUCUUUUUUUUUUGAGAUUGGUACAGAUUUAAGAUGCCAUUGGUUCUCCCUCCACCCCUUCCCUUUGCCUUUGUGUCUCUUUCCUUGUAACUGUCGGAAUUGACAACAGAGGUAACCAGAACGCAUGUUCGGUGUGCGUUGAAAAUGACUGUAUUAGCCACCCUUUAGCAAUUCGCUCAUUGCUUUUGCUACUAAUGAAAACUCUUGUAUGUUA